CGCCCUUCACGCCAUAUUUCAGCUACGAGUCGAGCAGGACUCGCUGGGCUGAUCAGAGAGAUAAAUAAAACAGGUUUGACUGCGCAGAAGACGCUCGAUUGAAUUAAGACGCUUGUGGUUACAUGGCCACGAGAAACUGGGCUGAGUCGGGCCAACUGUAACGAGCUUGGUCCAUUGUUAUUGGAAACAGGUAUUGGUGCUUUUGUCUCCCGCUGCAACGCGUUACAUGAACACAGAGUCUGAGCCCAGAUGGCAGAGGGUGCGGUCCAGGCUGUUUUCUCGGUGCUGCUGCUGCACACGCUGUCCCAGCAUGGCGCCAGAGUCAGUGAGAUCAGGACCAAGCCCAACUUCAUCAUCAUUCUGGCAGACGAUAUCGGCUGGGGCGACCUGGACGACAACCGGCCCCAUAAAACCACCAACAACACGCCGAACCUCCACCUGAUGGCCCAGCAGGGACUCCGACUGACCGACUUUCACUCCCCGGCCUCCAUGUGCACCCCGUCCCGGGCCGCCAUCCUCACGGGCCGCUACGGCCUCCGGAACGGGGUCACCCGCAACUUCGCGGUGAACUCAGUGGCCGGCCUGCCGCUGUCCGAAGUCACGUUUCCUCAGCUGCUGCAGACGGCCGGGUAUUACACCGCCAUGAUCGGGAAGUGGCACCUCGGACACAGUGGACCCUACAGUCCAACGAGGCGAGGGUUCGACUACUAUCUGGGUGUUCCCUACAGCAACGACAUGGGCUGCACCGACACGCCAGGAUACGAUCUGCCCCCGUGCCUCCCGUGUGACUCACUGAGGACACAGCUCGUCAGAUUAAAGAGGAGUGCGUCUGGAGGGUGCUAUUCCAGAGUGGGUCUCCCUCUGAUUGAGAAUGGCAGCGUGGUGGAGCAGCCGCUGGACCUGCGGGCUCUGACCGAACAGUACCGAUCUGCAGCGCUCAGGAUCAUACGCAGUGCCAGGGAGCGAGGGCAGCCCUAUCUUCUCUACAUCGCGACGGCCCACAUGCACGUCCCCCUGGCCCCCCCGGCCUCCCCGGAGGUCUCCCCGUACGCCGCCAGCCUGCAGGAGCUGGACGGCCUGAUCGGCGCCGUCAAGGCUGCUUCUGACGGAGACGACACCCUCAUAUGGUUCACCGGUGACAACGGCCCCUGGGAGCAGAAGUGCCAGUAUGCCGGCAGCGUGGGACCUUUCACUGGGAGGUGGCAGACCAGCAGAGGGGGAGGUUCAGCCAAAAGGACCACCUGGGAGGGCGGCCACAGGGUGCCUACCGUAGCCUAUUGGCCAGGGAAGAUUCCAGAAAACACCAUAAGCUCUGCUCUGCUCAGCGGUAUGGACAUCUUUCCAACCGUGCUGUCCCUGGCAGGAGUGACCCCUCCCUCGGACAGACGCUACGACGGCAUCGAUGCCACCGCCGUCCUUCUGCACGGAGAGCAAACAGGCCGCCAGUUUCUCUUCCAUCCGAACAGCGGGGCUGCUGGGAAAAAUGGCGACCUGCAGGCGGCUCGAAGCGGGAAAUACAAAGCCUUCUACCUCACAGGCGCGUCAGAAGCGUGUGGCGGCGGGACGGGGACGCCGCAGCUCCACGACCCGCCGCUGAUCUUUGACCUGGACCGCGACGAGGCCGAGGAAACGCCGCUGGAGACCGGGACGCCCGAGUACCGGGCGGUGGCGGAGAGGAUCUCCAGGACGAGGGAGCAGCUGCUGUGGGACAUCGCCACCGACCCGUCGGCGUCCGCGGCGGACUACGACACGGACGCGUCGGCGGCGCCCUGCUGUGACCCCUGGAGGCCCGUCUGCCGCUGCCGCGACCUGGCCUGACCUCAGCAGGCUGUUUGAGAAGUCCAACGUCCAGACGCAGCAGGAGAUAUGCAAACACAGCAGAUAGGACACCGAGGAGCAGGCGUCUGAACUUUGACCCUGUUGGGGUCACGUUGAGGUAACUCAAUCACAACCUCAAAGCAGUCGUCUGCACUGAGAGACUCUGUUAUUUUCCUGGACAUUUAAAACGAUUCGACACGAUACUCUUCAAAAUAAAAGCACACGCUGAGUUGGAAGAAUCAAUUCUCAGGUUUAAUGAGUCUCCGAACAGCCUCGAGGCUUAAAGAUGUCCUAACAGCGCCACCUUUUGGCAAAUGACAUGGUAUUACUGUGUUACUUAUUCCAACAGAACUAUAAAUGUUAUAUAUACACAUUAUACACACAGUAGAAAUCCUCCAUAUAUACUCACACUGGGUGAGUCUAUGUGUUGGUGUGUAAUACUUAGUAAAAGAAUACAACAAUGUAAAAAUAACAACGUUAACAUUAUUCAGCAUGGUGUAGUAAAUAAAAAGGUCUUCAGGAUAUCGCUGAAAUGGAAGGACUGGGAACGCUGCUCGGGUUACGUCUGUGACUCCGCAGGUUCCUUCCUCUCGUCCGUCGCUACCAUAAUUAGCAUCACAGCCGCAUCCGCAGGUCAUCCGACACUCGCGGCACAUAUCGAGAUUUAGAAAGAGUGCCGGUCGACGUCUGGAGUGAACCCCGCCUCCCUCCUGAGGUAUGACACUUUAAAUGCCCUCUGAUAAAGAAAUGUGUUUGAUGGGUUUCCUCGCUGUGCACAGUGGUUUGAGAAGGUUUUAACACUGUAGUAAAUGGCAUCGGAUGGGAGGUAACAGCUCAACUCCCUUUUUUUAACACAGUUUUUGAAUCUUAGAUUCUCUAAAUGA